UCCAAAAACUACCUCUCUUCUUGUGUUACAAAAUAAUUCCCUCUGGAGUUCUCGUCCACCACUCAAUCGCUUGACCCUCCCUCACGUGAAUCCAACACAGCCCAGUGACAGUGGUCCGUCACGUCACUUGCCCCUCACGGGUCCAAGGACCAGAAGGGACUAAGAAGAACAGACAAACAAAACAUUAUCGAAAUGUCAUCGCACGGGAACGACUUCGCCGCGAUCCUCUGCCAGUUCUUACUUUCUUAUGACGGCGCCGUUUUAGGCGUAACCCUAGCAUACACCGCAGUCCGUACGCUCUUUAAAUUUCGCAGUGUUUCCCACGCCCUACGCAAAGUCGAGAAUGCUCCGCAAGUUAGGGUCUCCGAUCUUCGCGCGCUUCUGGGAGAGGAUGACAAGAGAUCGCAGCUGUCUGAUCACGAGCAGAAUAAAAGUCGCCUUGUGAUCGUGCGUGGCCACGUGGAAGCAAAAUCGGCAGUUGAUGGAAAGGAUUGGAAGAACUGGACGAAUGGUACCGGCGUUUUGGUCUCUCAUUACAGUGGAGACAAAGCUGUUAUAAUUCAACGAACUCAAACUUGGCUAUACAACGAAUGGAGGGGCUUUCUGGGAUGGACUCCUGGUAUACACGCCAUUUUCGGGAGAUCUUGGAGAAAAAAGGAAUCGUCUUUGAGGAUGGUUCCUUUUGUUCUCGUUGAAGGGGGUUGGUGGCCUCAAUCUGAUCAUGUUGUUGUGGACAUGGAAGGGUCCAAGCAUUGCUUGCCUCUUGUUAGAGUCUACCAUGAUUUGCAACCCUUUAAUGUUUCUCCUUUUGCACUUCUUCAGACAAUUUUUGGUCAUGAGUGCCCUGUUGGUGUGCUUGAUGAAGAGAAGAUUCUUCCACUGGGAGAGAAUAUCAGUGCCGUUGGUAUCUGCAGUUUAAAAAAUGGAUUCCCUGAGAUCCAGUCUUGCAAAGAUCUUCCCUAUUUUCUGACUGAGAUGACUAAGUAUCAGAUGGUAGCAGAUCUUGCCUUCAAGUCACAAGUACUCUUUUGGAGUAGUGUUGUUCUUGGUUCGAUGUCUUUUGUUACCCUUGGGUAUGCUAUUUUCAGGAACUGGAAUAGAUGGAAAGAAUGUAGGGAGCUGAGACGGUUGCAGCAAUCAACUCAAGCUUCUAGAGAUGAUGUAAAUUCUCAGGUUGGAGACGAUGAAGCAGCUGGAGAUGUUCCAGAUGGGCAACUUUGUGUGAUCUGCCUGAUGAGGAGGAGGUCAUCUGUAUUUGGUCCAUGUGGGCAUGUUGUUUGUUGUCAUCGUUGCGCCAUAUCAGUUGAACGGGAAAUAUCACCUAAGUGUCCCAUUUGUCGCAUGCCAAUCAGGAAUUCAAUGCGGAUAUUUUUUUCUUGAUUGAUGGUUUGGUAACUCAAUGUUGCCUUCUUUUUCACUAGUCGAUCUGUGUAAAAUUCUUGUGAAUGUACAAUUCUUGUAAAUGCUUCUCAUAUUCUUGCAAAUGUGUACAACUGAAGCAUUUCACUGACACAAAUUGAAACAUGCAAAUGCAUGGCUGAUAACUGUUCAAAUUUUACACAGAAAUGCUUGUAAAUAAGAAGUACAGAUGGUUAUAUA